CUAAAAUGAACUCGGAAAUGAACAGCUGAGCAAAAUGAACCCCUGGAGAGAGCCAGCGAAAAUGCCCAUAACAGUGAACUUGACAUUGAUUACCGCAGUUGUUUUUUUAACGCUUUCGUGGGUGGUGUCGUUCUCCCUGGAGCUCUGUUACUUUGCCCAUUCACCUAAUUCCCCUAUUUUUUUUUUAUGGCCGGCAGUUUGUAAUCUUAUCGGAAAUCAAACACCAGCGGCCGAUGAGUCGGAUCGCAAAUUGUAAUUGAGUUUUGGCUAAUGAUUUCCCCAUAUUAUGUGGUUUCAGUGGUCAAAAGGUGGUGCAGUGGAGUGUACUCUUUAAAGAACAAUUUUUUUCCAGUGUAUUUUGUGUUUAAAAAAUAUUUAAAAUUUUAAUUAAUACACUAAACUUUCUAAAGUUUAAUUUUUAAAAUUUAAAUAAACCAAAACUCUCACUGAAAGCCUUAACCUAACCCACUAAACUGUUUCCUGCCCAAUCCCCGCCAGAAUUAAGAGCCAGAAAUGUCGCUAAAGCAGCAGCGGCAGCGGGAUGUGGAAGGCGAUGUCCCACCGGACAGCAUAUCCCUGGAGGAGAUGCCCCUCAACCGGACCAACGGCAACGUCGGCGGAGAGCAGGCAGAGGACCGCCGCCGAAUACGUCUCAUCUUCGACAAAUACGACACCGAUGGGGAUGGCCUGAUCAGUACGCCGGAACUGAAGGCUUUGAUUGCCAGCGCCGGCUGCCGGGACAUGCCCCCCCACAUGGCCGAGCAGAUAAUGCGGCGCAGCGACGAGGAUAACGACGGCUGCCUGGACUUUGAGGAGUUCUAUGCCAUGUCCCUGCGCCAGCGUUGGAUCAUGCGUCGUCUGGUGGCUCGCUACUGUCGCUAUGUGGUGGCACCGCCAAAGCCCAAGGCCGCGGAUGAGGUGGAUGGCGAGUACGAGCGUCAGAUGUCACUCUGCCCGCCGCCGCUUACCAUGAUCAUCUUCUCCAUUGUCGAGAUCAUUGCCUUUCUGGUGGAUGUCAUACACUUCCAGGAUGAUCCCAACUACGAGGGGAAUAUCGGUGAGAGUGUUAAUGGACCGGCGGCGACGCUGUGCAUCUACAAUCCCUACAAACGCUACGAGGCCUGGCGCUUCGCCAGCUACAUGUUCGUCCAUGUGGGGCUGCGCCAUCUGGUGAUGAACCUGAUCAUUCAGAUCUUUCUGGGCGUUGCUCUGGAGCUGGUGCAUUCGUGGUGGCGCGUGGCUUUGGUCUAUCUGGCCGGUGUCAUGGCCGGCUCCAUGGGCACUUCCCUGAGCAGUCCGCGGACCUUUCUGGCCGGAGCCUCGGGCGGUGUGUACGCCUUGAUCACCGCCCAUGUAGCCACGAUCAUCAUGAACUACUCGGAGAUGGAGUACGCCAUUGUCCAGCUGUUGGUCUUCCUGGUGGUCAUCUUUGCGGAUCUGGGCGGAUCGGUGUAUCAUCACCUGACGGAUGAGUACGAUCGGAUUGGGUAUGUGGCGCAUCUGUCCGGCGCCGUGGCCGGGCUGCUGGUGGGGAUCGGGGUGUUGCGGAACCUGGAGAAGCGACCCUGGGAGCGAAUCCUCUGGUGGAUAGCCGUCAUCGUGUACUUUGCCCUUAUGUUCACUGGAAUCCUGGUGCACAUCUUCCUGCCCGAUUACUUCCCCAAGCCGGUGUACAAUUAGAACUGAGUUUCGAGUCCUAAACUUGUAUUAAUUCCCCCCUAAAACUGUAAAUAUAUGCAUAGGUUAAUGUAAUAAUAGGUUGCUAUUGAUCGGAUCUUGGCUCUAUGAAAGUCUAUAUGAAAGUCUGCAGCAGGCGUAAAUAAUUAAAAUAUUUAUAAAUACAAUUUAAAUAUGUAAAUGUAAUUGAUGUAACACACAAAUAUGAAUCAAUAAAAAUAAAGGGAAAUCAAUGUGGAAUUAAUUGGUUAAGAGGGGAGUAAGGUAUUUAAUUU